CAGACAUUUCGYAGAUGUAUACGUAGUGAGCUAUAAUAUCACAUGCGUCUAUGCCACAAGUGGUUUACACGUUCAUUCCGCAACAUACCAAAACACCGCGCACCCUUCGAUAUUUGUUCUGUUUUUUUUUUUGGUAUAUUGUGAAUUAUUUAUUUAUCCAACAUGGCAGACAGUGUUAGUGAGGAUAAUCCUGAAUAUGGCCCAUCACCAAUUAAAAAGGGAAAAAGUGGAAAAAUUAUAAGUGAGGAUUUAAGAAUCCAUGUUAUAAAUAUGUACAAAUGUAUUAUACAAGACGAACCUACCAUGUCCAUGAGAAGAAUUCGAGACCAAAUAUCUGAAGUAUUGUGUAUUAGCGACCGUUCAAUACACAACAUUAUUAAGACGUAUAAGGAGACAAACACUGUGCCUGUUCCAAAACAAACAAGAAAAAAGAAAUCAUUUCGUGAUCUUUUUGAUGAUUUUGCAAAAAACGCGGUACGUAUAGGCACGUUCACAGCAUAUGGUUUCGCCGUGAAAUUCCUACGGUUGAUAAAAUCUACCAAGCCGUAUCCGCCGACGACAGUUUGCCACCGAUAUCAAGAACAAAUUUAUUUCACCUUCUGAAAGACUUAGAUUUCCGGUGUAGUAAAAGAAGUAGGAACAGUGCUAUGACCGAAAAAAAAUGAAAUUGUCGUGUGGCGAAGAAUGUAUUUGGACAACAUCAAAAAAUACCGGGAAGAGGGUCGACAUAUUUAUUUUUGACGAGACAUGGGUGAAUGCUGACGACUGUACUUCGAAAACGUGGGUCGACGAAACAAUCAAAUCUCGCCGUGAUGCAUUUCUAAAAGGUCUAUCGACAGGUGCUGUUAAUCCAUCGGGCAAA